CCGUCUUCCUUUCUAGUCGAGUUACCGCUCGCGAACUAAGUUUAAGCCCCGUUCCACUUCCCAUUAAAACCCUUCCCCUUCGAUCCUUACGUUUUUCCUUUCCCGGAAAGGGUAGCAGUCCCUUGGUGCUCGGAGAUUUUUUCGUCGAGGUAGCCGAAGGAUUCCCAAGGAGAGAGAACGACGGCCGGAUCUUGGGCCUGAUGAGGGUGCGCCAAUUAUUGCCGUCCGCACGUGGUACGAUCGAUUUUGGUGCUCAAAGUCGGAUCUGUUGGACUUUGCUCCUUGCUGCAAGUGACCUGCUCUUUAUUUAUGGUGUUGCACCCAUAAGGCGACCAUGUUCAAUGUGGGAUUUAUUUGCAAAGGAUUAGAGAGAUAGAGAAGCAGGAAAAUGCCAUGAGUUUGUGGAACUCUCACAGCGACCAAGCUCAAUCUUUGGCUAUGAUUAUCUACUGACCACCAGGAGAGCCAUCAGUGAGAAAGUCAAAAAGAUGGCCAACAAUGGAGAUGAACAGCAAAGUGAGGACUAUCUUUUCAAAAUUGUUAUGAUUGGCGAUUCUGCUGUGGGGAAGUCAAAUUUGCUCGCAAGGUUUGCACGGAAUGAAUUCUAUCAAAAUUCCAAAUCCACCAUUGGUGUUGAAUUCCAGACUCAGAAGAUGCUCAUUGAUGGAAAGGAAAUUAAAGCUCAGAUUUGGGAUACUGCUGGUCAGGAACGCUUCAAGGCUGUUACAUCUGCAUACUACAGAGGUGCAGUAGGAGCACUUCUUGUUUAUGAUAUCAGCAGGCGCCGGACUUUCGAGAGUAUCAGUCGAUGGCUGAAUGAACUACACGCACAUUCCGACAUGAAUGUCGUGGUCAUCUUGGUUGGGAACAAAACUGAUCUCAAGGACGCAAGGGAAGUCGACACAGCGGAAGGCAAGGCCAUAGCUGAAACUCAAGGUCUCUUCUUCAUUGAAACUUCUGCGCUCGACUCCUCCAAUGUUGCAGCAGCCUUCGAGACCGUGGUGAAAGAGAUCUACCACAUUUUAAGUAGGAAAGUAUUUCAAUCUCAAGCGCAGAAGCACGAGGCAGCGGCGGUGUUAGGAAGCGGGAAGUCUGUGGUUUUACAGGGAGAUGGAAGCGAUACAAAUGAUGGAGCCCGGGGAUUUCCAUGCUGCUCUUGAAAUGAACUGUAUAAGCUUCUUCUGAGUUCCGUUUUUCCAGAACUACUUCAGAUUCACUUCAUUUCAUUUAUCUUCAAUGUAAAGGGGUAUACGUGCCGAUGUUCUUUUCGUUUUGGUAUAAUGGUGGAAUGGUGAUUUGCCCAUGGAUGAGAUUGAAUACCAGCAUUCAAAAUUCUACUGAAAUAGAUCAAGAAGUUGCCAUGGA